GAUGAUAAUAAAGGUUUUAUUAUUCACUUGAUCCAAUAGACCAAUUUAUUUAUUAUAGGUGAUAAUAAUGGAAUAGAUUAUUAUUAAUUAAGAUGUAGAUAGAUAAACCAUUUAGUUGUUGUGGUUUAGCCAUAUCUUAGUCCGUGUGUUUAGCGAAUAGUGUUAAUAUCAAAGUCCUGAAUGUGUAUUUCAUUGUAAUAGUUUUUUUAUGUCUUAUAUUACGAUCAUGUUUUUUUAAGGUCAAGGAUAUGAGUUCCACAAACAUUUUAUUCACUCUUUAAUUUACAAUUUAUAUUUAAUUUGAACGUCGAUAUUUUGAAAAUGGGUAACCGAUCAUCGUUGCUGUUGCGUAAAGAAGAAAUUGCUCAAAUUAGAAAUGAAACUGGAUUCACUGCAAAUCAAAUAGAACGUCUCUACAGUAGAUUUACCAGUUUGGAUAGAGGCGAUUUAGGUACACUCAGUAGAGAAGAUUUACUGCGCAUACCAGAGUUGGCUAUAAAUCCUUUAGGAGAAAGAAUCGUUGAUUUAUUUCACGCAGACUCUGGGAAUAAUUGUGAUCGUAUUAAUUUCUUACAAUUCAUGAGAGGGCUAUCUAAAUUCAGACCAAUUCGACCAAAUAAACCAAACAAACAAAAUAAUAGAAUGGAAAAAGUGAAAUUUGCCUUUGAUAUGUAUGAUGUUGAUAAUGAUGGUAUGAUAUCAAAGGAUGAGCUAUUGGUUAUUUUACAUAUGAUGGUUGGUGCUAACAUCAGUGAAGAACAGUUGUCUAUAAUUGCCGAUAAGACAAUUUCUGAGGCAGACAUAGAUGAAGACGGUUUGAUUUCAUUUGAUGAAUUCAAUAAAACAUUUGAAAAGUCUGAUAUCGAACACAAAAUGUCAAUUAGAUUUUUAAACUAAUUGAAUAUGCCCAUUAUCAACAGAUCAUUCCGC